AUGUAUAUUAACUGGGCUCAUCAUUACAUUCCGAAAUGUUUUGCAUUUCUUGCUUUCAUUGUAAAUCCAAUAUUUGUUUUCUUGAUAUUCACAGAAAAAAAACAAAUUUGGCAAUUAUCGUUACCUUUUGCUAUAUUUUGCAACAUUAGACAUUUGUUACUCAGUAUUUACCGUAGUUGUACCAGUGGACAUUCACACAUAUCAAUACUCUUUCACUAUAUUCAUAAGUGAUGGAUGGUUUUACGAAUCAUCUACUCUUGGAAUUGAUAUGAUUGGUUCAAGAGUUGGCAUGAUUUCUGAAUGUUAUGCAGUACUUUUAAGUCAUUUCAUUUAUCGAUAUCUUGUCAUUCGAAACAGAAAUAUCACAAGAAGUAAUAACAAGAUCAUGGAUUAUUCUAUUGGGGGCCACAACAAUUUCCACAGUUUCAAUAGCUUUGUACAUUAUAAUUAGAUAUUUGACUUUCCAAAAGAUCAAUGAGAAUCAUAUACGAAUAAGCAAAAAUACAGCAAAUCUACAGAGAGAUCUUCUAAAAUCACUGACUGUUCAGACUUUAAUUCCAAUUUGCGUCAGUUUUUCGCCUUGUCUACUGUGCUGGUAUAGUCCAGUGUUUAACAUUGAUUUGGGAAGAGGAUUAAACUAUCUUGAAGUAAUUGCUUUCUCAGCAUUCCCAUUUUGUGAUCCAGUUGCUAUUGUUCUUUGCCUUCCACCAUUUCGGAAACGGAUUUUAUUUUCAACUCAAAAUCGUAGCAGCUUGUCUGCUACUGUUGAAUAA